UGGUGUCCUUCACGUCGGGCAGCACAUCCCAUAGAAUAGGUCGAUAGACUCAUAUCAAAAGCUUUGUACCGUCAGAAAUCAAGAUCGCGAGUCGCCACGAACCAAAUCUACAGAGGAGGAGCUUGAACUCGGAUUAAUCAGCUCGACCUGCCUAGAAGCUGCAAGUAAGGGGAAGAGUUCAGAGCCAUGGCGGAUCUUCAAGAGCCCACCAAGGGUCCUCCUACCAAUGCGAGCUUGGAGACCUCAUGGAACUUCCUGAAGACCGGUGUCGAUCGGAUCAUGGUCAAGCUGGAACAUGGAAUGUCAUACUCCUAUUACAUGCUCCUCUAUACCGCUUGCUACAACUACUGUAUCAGUAGCAACAAGCAGCACGAGAUCUCGGGGUAUGGGAGCGUACCUGUGGGGAGUAGCGGGACGGUGAAAGCCGGAGCGCAUUUGAUGGGAAGCGAUCUUUACAACAAAUUGAGCGAUUAUCUGAAGACCCACUUGGCCAGGCUACGGACCGAAUCCGAAAACCUAUCCGACCUCGCCUUGUUGCAAUUCUACACGAAAGAGUGGAAACGGUACACGACGGGAGCCAACUAUGUCAACCGUUUGUUUGCGUACCUGAACCGACAUUGGGUCAAGAGGGAGAAGGAUGAGGGGAGAAAGGGGAUUUAUACGGUCUACACGCUAUCGCUCGUCCAGUGGAAGGAACAUUUCUUCCUGGGGAUGGUCAAGGACAACAACAACCGACUCAUCACGGCCCUCUUGAAGCAGAUUGAGAGCCAUCGGAACGGAGAGCAGGUCGAUGGUGGAAUGAUCAAGUCGAUCGUCGACAGCAUGGUCAGCCUGGGUCUAGAGGACGAACAGCAUCACGGCGGCAAGGAUAACAAGACGCACAUCGAAGUCUACCGGGAACACUUCCAAAAGCCGUUCUUGACGGCCACCGAGAAUUACUACAAGGCCGAGUCUGAAGGGUUCUUGGCCGAGAACAAUAUCAGCGAUUACUUGAGGUUGGCAGAGAAGCGAUUGGACGAGGAGGAGAACAGGGUCAAUCUGUAUAUGCAUUCGCAGACCAAACAGCCGUUGUUGCAACGGGCGGAGAAUGCGUUAGUCACGAGUCAUUUGGCACGGAUGCAGGAAGAGUUCGGACCGUUGUUAGAUGCCGAUCGUCAGGAGGAUCUGGCGAGGAUGUGGAAGCUCUUGAACCGAGUAGACGGAUUGGGCCCUCUUCGAGAGACCUUCCAGGAACACGUCACCAAGAACGGUCUGGACGCCGUCUCUCGGGCCAGCCAGGGCACAGUGGGAGCGGAUGGCAAGCAGGAGAACAUGGAUCCCAAGACUUAUGUUACGGCGCUCUUGGAGGUGUACAAGAAGAACUUGGCGGUAGUCGAGAAGCCCUUCGAGGGAGAUACCGGGUUCCAAGCCGCUUUGGACAAGGCCUGUCGAACGUUCAUCAACAAGAACCCUGCAGCGGCCGAGGCCAACAAGGCGCCCGAGUUGAUCGCCCUAUAUGUCGAUCAGCAGUUGAAGAAGAGCAACAAGGAGACCGCGGACGAGUCCAUGGAGGAGGCCCUCAACGAUUCCAUGACCUUGUUCAAAUACCUGGAUCACCGAGACAUCUUUAUGAGGUUCUAUUCCCGACGACUGGCGGAUCGUCUCCUGAGAGGCACGUCGAUGUCCGAAGAGGCUGAGGGAAGCAUGAUCUCGAAGCUCAAGGAUCAAUGCGGAUACGAUUAUGUGACCAAGCUGCAAAAGAUGCUCACUGACGUAAGCUUGAGCAAGGAGUUGACCGAAAGCUUUAACGAAAAGAUGGCGAACAAUGGCCACGACGACAAAGUGGACUUUUCGGUCAUUGUCGGUGGUUCUGUCAACUGGCCGUUGGCGAGCAAAGCCGUCGACUUCCAGGUGCCUCGAGAGCUGCAGCCAAUGCUUGAUCGAUUCAAGGGUUAUUACAACAACAGUCAUAGCGGUCGUGCCCUGACCUGGAUGUGGCUAUACUCGAAGAACGAGGUCCAGCUGUCUUACCUCAAGCCCAAGAUCACGCUCAUGUGCAGCACUUACCAGCUGGCCGUCCUCAUGCUCUUCAACGAGGAAGAGAGUCUACACUUUGCCGACAUCGAGGCUCGGACCAAGCUGUCGCCCGAAAUCCUUAAACCGGUCAUGACUAUCUUGGUCAAGUCGAAGGUCUUGCUAGUCGAUGGAGACACCUAUGACAUCAACUAUAACAUGAAGUCAAAGAAGGUCCGAUUGAAUAUCAACGUACCGAUGAAGGCGGAGCAGAAGAAGGAGUCGGAUGAGGUUACGAAGGCGGCCGAGGAAGACCGAAAAUACAUCUACCAGGCUACCAUCGUCCGGAUCAUGAAGUCGCGAAAGACUAUGAAGCAUCAGCACUUGAUCAAUGAAGUCUCCCAGCACGUGUCCAAGAACUUCCCGCCAGUAGUUUCGAUGAUCAAAAAGACGAUUGAGCACUUGGUAGACCAGGACUACCUCGAGCGAGCUGAUGGACAAAACGACACCUACAACUACUUGGCAUGAUUGCUGUUUCAUUACCACGACCUUCCUUUGGACGAAAUCUUCUGUUACCACGAUGUAUCCCCGAUGGCGAAUCAUGCCGUCAUGACGACCAAUGUCUUAUUGUCAUACUCUACGAUGUUUCCAGCCGAGCCGAGGCCGUCCCUUAGAUUCGCUUGCGGUGACAACAUGGAAAGAAUCGGGGUUGCAAAAUUUUGUUGUUGUAGUGUUUCGCCGCGAUGAACGCUGUCGCGAAGCACGACUACAACAGAGGGAUUCUACCGUCACCGAUGGGUUCGGAAUUAGAGUUUGGAGCAACAGCGCGAAUCCCUCGGACGGUCGCUUGUCGUUAUUUACACUCAGUCGUUCAGCUCUAGUCCGAACUCCCGAGAAGUUUCUUGCCAAUUCGCC